AUGGCCGGUAAAUAUGCUUGGUAUACUAGAUUAACUGACACAGUUCAUCGUUUAACUGUUUUAUCGUUAGUAGGCUUUACAUUAUACAUGUCUGGCGGUUUGGUUUAUACAAUGUACGUGAAUGGUAAGAAGUACGAGGCUCAGCAGUUGAAGAUAAAGGAACAAGAUGAGCUUAAUACCAAGAAUGAAGAGAUCAUGAAGGAUUAA